CGAAUGCGAGGGGCCACUUCGGCGAUUUGACGCCUGACCGACCAGAUACAUCAAAGCAAGCUCAUGAUGUUCGUAGGAGAACGCUUUGAGCAUCAAAUUGUUCGCCUCCGGUCGGUGCUGGACUUGUGGACGCAGCGCCGUAGUUCGCGGGCGGGUGGCGGGCGGCACUCGAGGCAAUGACACAUCCCGUGGCGCGCGCUGACUAUACGAACAUCGCUUGUAUUGCAUGGCAUUAUACUUGUUGUAACCUCUCGGGUGUUCCAAUUGCAUUCGCAACCGCAAUUACCGCCGCUGCGCUGCGCUUAGCAAGGUCGUAAACGAGUUUAGUGUAACUAGGGCUCCAAGUUGCGGCGCUGAAGGCAAAUAGCCCAAAAGUAGAUACUUAAUUGCGCGGUCAAUCAAGCGCGCCUAAAACUCGUCUGCAGACAGGGUUCGCUAAGGAAUCCUUGCAACACGCACGAUGCCCGCCGUGAACUCGCUCACCGCGCUUCUGGCGCUGGCGCUGGCCUGGCAGGGCGCUGUCGCGUACCCUCGCUUCUGGUAUGAUCGCAAGUACCUGGCUAGCCAAGGCUACGCCACCAAGGAUGGCUACGACUGGAGCGUCUUCCCCGAUGACGGAACGAACUGCACCAGUUACCCGGACAAGCCCUACCUCGGCUUCUUCCCCGCGCAUGGCAUGCCUUACCUUGACAGUGCCAUCGGCAUGUCCUUCAUGCGCCCUGACGGCACCAACGUGGCCAGCCUGUGCCCCGGCGCCAAGCACACCAUCAAGGUGUCCUUCCCCAUCAAGCGCCUGGCGCUGCUGGUCACCAGCCCCAACCACGCCGUGCACUUCAGCUCGCCCGCGCCCGCCACCUCCAGCUGCCCCGGCCGCAUCGACCUGGGCAUGUCCAAGAACUCCAACGCCGCCAGCUCCUUCACCGCCACCUUCACCGUGCCUUGCAGCGCAGCCACCGCCAACGGCAGCACUGUUGUCUUCACGGUCAACAGCGCCGGCACCGAGGGCGCCACCCGCCGCUGGGCUCAGGCACACGCCACCGUACCGAUCGCUCCCGAGAGCGCGGCGGAGUGCGCGGCCGCGGCGGCGGUCUGCGCGAGCGGCGGGUCCGGCAAGAUGCCCAUGCCUUCAGGCUCCGGCGGCUCGGGCCCCCGCGUGGCCGCACACAAGCCGCCCCCGGCCAUGGGCGGCCGCCGCAACCCGCCGCCCACACGCCGCCCGCCACCGCACCGCGGUUAGACGGGCCGGAGAGAAGCGGCAGGAAGCUGGCUGCUGGCGGAUGCUGCUGAUGCUGCCGGUGCUGUGUCUUCGGGUUAGUUGGCCGUUGCACUUCAUGUAUGUGUGGUGGCUUGCAGCUGCGAGCUGACGUGAUCAACAAAGGCGCGUACGUACUGGAUACCAGGACAUGAGUGGGCUGCUGGUCAGGAGUGCUGCUGCUCAACCGCCAUUUUGCCCAGCAUUUGCAUUUGAUUUUGGUAGACCUCAAGACGUGCAUAUGUGUACUGUGCAUGAUGCGCUUGCGGUGCAUGGGAGUUGCGCGGGCUUGCCCCACGGCUUGCCCUUGCUUGGAGUGGGGCGGGCGGGAGCGUGUGCCGUCAACAGCGGUAGCGGGUUGUAUGUUUGCUCGGGGGGAUGUAUGGGGGACACAGGGAAACACAGGGGGGAUUUGAGAAUUGCCUCUGGGACUCUGGGUGCCUGUGUGCACGCAUAAACACACACGGCUGCCGUUGUUGUGGUCUAGGUGCCAGGCAUGGACACACUGUCGCGCACAUUCGCGUUCGCGUUUCGACAGCACUCCGCUAACACUGCCUGGCAAUGCCCCACGCAGCAGACCACACGCAGACAAGCGCAGUGACGCGCGCAUGUAAACCAAACGACUC